GUUCAUCUUGUGCAGUUGUGCUAACACGCGGCGCCCCAGGCCCUCCGGCGCCGCCCACCUCCACCGCCUGGAAUCCAGGACAUCCGGCGCCGCCCACCUCCGUCCCCUGUCUGCUGCCUCGACUCAACUGUUUUGCUGCGAUGGGGUUAUUCAGGGGCAGCUUCACUCUCUUGGUGGGAAUGGGAUGUGGUGUCUAUAUAGCUCAGAACUACAACGUUCCGAACGUCAAGAAGCUAUUCAACACAUAUGUUUUUCUGGCAAAGCACAUCGAGGAAACCUACCGUAAGCCGAAGAAGAAAGACGAUGAUUGAUCCUUUCACAUUUGGUAUCUCUGUUAUGCCCUGGAGCAUGUGGAAAUGUGCAUUUUUGAAAUUGUGAAGGCAAUUUUGGUUAUGGACAAGUUUUUUAACUCCAGUGGAAAAUGUUAGCUGUGAAAUUUCCAGUUGCUGUAAUAGUUUUUGGUCGUAUUGGACCAUGGGCUUCUAGAGCCUCCCCUUUUUGCUCGUGUUCCUGUGCCUGGGAAAUGCACUGGACUUUGUUGUUGAA